CUGGGUGGGGCUUUUGGUGUGGUUCUGGUUACCAUAGCUACCCGAGAGUUCCAUAUAGUGAGGGGAGAGAGGAGCAGAGAUGCGUGGCCUGAAAGAUGAACGUGCGAUGGGAUUGCUGUAAGAUCUCACUGCAGGCACCACCUCUGGACUAUUCCUUCCGAGGCAUCAGCUUCAUCCAAGACCUGCUGACAGAGCAGCCCCGGGCUGGCCUCAAGGUGAUCAAGCACUCGGCCGGGGGGAAGCUGCUGACCCAGGCGGUGCGCCUGAAUAACAACACCAUCAAUGAGCUGACCGACUUCGCCUCCACCAUGGAGCAGCUGCUGGAGUACCCCGACGAGCUCUCCUGGGUCGACCUCUCCUUCAACGACUUGCCUACUAUCGACCCGGUGCUGACUAUGUACCCCAACCUCCGGGCGCUGAACCUGCACGGGAACAGCAUCCAGAGCCUCAGCGAGGUGGACAAGCUGGCCGUCCUGCCACACCUGCGGACGCUGACCCUGCAUGGAAACCCCAUCGAGGAGGAGAAAGGCUACAGGAGCUACGUGCUGUCUGUGCUGCCCCAGCUGAAGUCCUUCGAUUUCAGCGGCGUGACAAAGCAGGACCGCUCCACCGCCGCCUUCUGGAGACGCAUGAACGUCAAACCCAAGAAGGUCAAGAAAAGGCGAGACGACUACUGAGGGGACGAGCUGAAGCAGCAGCUGCACCGUUCAGCAGGGCCCAGCGCCCUGCUGGGGGGUGGGGGUAAAGCCCGCCUGUUAGCGUAGGAAUAAAGGCUUCGAGCUCUGUAGGGCAGGACGAUGAAUUGCUGCGAGGGGUGGGGCUCAAUCAUCACUGGAGACGGACAGGGAGGCUGCCGGGGCAGCGGGCCGGGUACACACCUGCCAUUGUUGGCACAGAGGGUCUGUGCUCGGCUCGCUCCACCACUCUACUGAGGGGCUAGGAAAUGCCCCUCCUGUGAUCGGCAGGCAGCUGGGGGGGAAGAAAGGCGGCCCUGGGCUUCCCAGGUGUGAGACUAAGAGCCUGUUGUGCCCCCAGCAGCAGAUGAGCUGGCCUUGCCACGCUGGGCUCUUAAGAUGUCCCAGCCCCCUUCUGCUGAGGCUGCCAGCGAGAGUCCCUCUGUGGUCAGGAGGCGCUAGCAGUCCCACGCUGGCUGCUUCCUUCUCGGCUGAGGAUGGGGCAGCACCGCUCCAGGACGCUCUUGUGCCCCAGGCUUGCUCAGGGGGUUUCUCUACGGCUAGACUGCAAAGUGUAACCCUCCAUCCCCGGCACAUCAAACCAAAAGCCAGCCAGGGCAGGAGCAAGGGCACAGAAUCGUCCCAGCACAGCCCCCGGCUAGAGCCCAGGGGCAAAGAGAGGGGCCCCUACCUGGGGAGGCAAACAGCUCAAAAUGCUACAUACGACAGGACUAUCUGCCUUCCAUGCAACCUGCCUCCCCUGGCCCUGGCCGGCGGGCCCUGCAGUGUGAGCCCAGUCGCUCCUGCGGGCACUAACCUCAUCACGCGCUCAGCCCGCCUCCAAACGCUCGGUCUCCGCACUAGCAGGGGUGGGACGAGCCUGAAGGCCCCUGACUCCUUUGUGGGAAGAAAGCUGGUAAGUGACUGUCCCACAGGACCAUUUGACUGAAUUCAUGGGCUCCCAUCAGCCUGCAGCUUCUGGGGCUACUCAGCCCUGCCCCCUGGGCUUUAGUGCUUAAUGCUCAGAGUCGUUCCCAGCUGAGCCAGCCAGGUUUCCCUUGUGCCCCAGGAUCCUGGGCCAGUCACGUCACCCCCAUGCAAGUCCCUGCCUGUCACUGUCGUCACUUCCCAAGAGGCUUCUAGCACAACUGCUCCAGCCCCUUUCUUCACUCUCCCUCCCCCAACACGAAAUUGGCACCUCGCCCUUUCUCUGCCCCGAGGCAAAGCUUGAACUCAUCCCAGGCCAUGGGUGAGGCUGGGGAAGAGCAGCAAUCCGAUCCCUGACAAUUAACUGACAGUGCAUGCCCAGUGGGCUAGGUCGGGGCCUGGGGAUAGCAAUGGUUCCAUGCCAUCAGAUCCAUUCCCCUCCCAGACACCUCUCCCCCACCUCCAGCUGUUCACUGCCCCUACUGCUUCCCCAGGGCCACUUCAGUGACUAGAGGCUUAGGUGAGGCCCCAAUAGGGGUAGAAAUUAUGGAGCUACAGAUCAGGCCUAGGGGAUCCCUUCUCCAGGAAGUACUGUGGGGAGGGAGCCAGGGUUCCAGCUGUGGCUAGUUCUACACUGGGUCUGGCAUAGUUGAGAACAACCUCAGGGCUGCUCUAAGUGACACUAGCUGCUAAUCCUGCCCAAGGAGCCAUUGGCCAAGCAAGGGAGGGGUGUAGCACAACACCUGCCUGACUUCCCUCUGCCCUGGGGCAAAAUGGCACAGCACCUUCUUCUCCACCCCUGAAGCCUGUGCCACCUGCAGGGACAUGCAGCCCAGUGGAUGUGCCUGGCAGCAGACAGUGUCUCCUCAGACUGAGGAAAAACGGUGCCAAAGGGAUGAAAUUCAGCCUGGCAAGGCCACGCCUGCCCCUCCCAGCUCUCCUUUAGCACAAGCCCCUGCCCCCACAUUCCCUGUGCUUGCCCAUGGACUGCAGCGCUCUUAAGACCCAAGCAGCUGCCAGCCUUGCUAAAGCAGAAGUUUAAGACAACCCCUUUAGUGAUGGUAUUUUGGGGGGGCAGGGAGAGCACGUUGCGAUCCUCUCUCAGGAGACCCUGAUGUGUUAACGCUGCUGAUCCAGCCACCCGAAGCCAUGGCUGCAUGGGACGCUCAGGCCAGCUCCCAUGCCAGAGUGAGGGUAGUUGGUGAUUGCCCUGCGUCAGUUCUUCUCCUUGGGCAUGGUCUUCCCCAUCCCUUGUCCGUAGAACCAGGAAUGAACUCAACCAGCUGGGCCAGGAGCAGGUGGUAGAGACGCUCAGGGGCACUGUGGAAGCUCCUGGCUUAAUGGUUUGAGGGCACCUUGCCCAGGUUUUGCUGGUGCACUAUUAAACACAUCAACUCUCUCCCACAGGGAGUGUCACA